GUUGGACCGCACUACCUCUUAGCUAGGAGCAGCUAAUCCACUGCCACCCGAGUGUACACUCAAAUAGCAUUUUAGAGACUGCGGGAAGGGCACGUAUUUUCCGGGGCCCCGACAAGAAAAAAAAUGCUGUAAUGCGACCACAAUGAUUUAGCGGUUAAAUGUACAGAAGGUGUAACUUGACAGUGAUGUAUGCGAGAUGCAGCUAAUCCGGCUGUCCGCAGCGGCAGAGUUGGCGCACGCGAACGGAAGCCUUAGCGGAACGUGUCGACCGGACGCGUUCGCAGCGGAGUAUUUCAUUGGCCGAGCGCUAGCAACCGGAGCGAGUCCGUAGCAACGGGCGAAGGGGACAAGCUCUUUUAGUCAACAGUGUAGCUAAAGCACCAAUUUAAAGCGUUAACACGCUCGUUUUAGUGAUAGAGUCGACUUAGUUGUUAUUACAAGGGCUCAAGACAUUGGUAACCGCGAGUCGGCGCCUCUUGAACAUGGGCGACAAAAAGCAACAGACUCGCCCCAAACGUGUUUUUGUCAGCGACGUCGACAGGUAUUCCUCCAUGCACAUCGCCACGUUCUUGUCGACAUGCGUGGCCGCAGGGACCUCAGGAGAUGCCGACGCAGAGGAGACCUCAGCCUCCGGGCGCGCAGAGCCUGCUUUCCGGAUAGUGGGAACGGUGUCCUCUUCCGCCAAAGCCGGAGAGACGAGCUUUCUGCUGGAACGCUAUGCGUCACCCACUCGAGAUGAGCUUCUUGAGCGCCUGCUGGAGUGUGAUGUGGUGGUGUACAACAUCUCAGAAAAUCCGGCACAACAACAGGUUGAAGAGGCAACGUGGGCAGUUACAGCCCUUCAUGCUGAUUCGGAAAACUUCAAGUCUCGGAAAAUGUUCAUCUUAGUCUCGACAGUGAUGACCUGGGCCAUGACCAAACCACAGAAUCGGGAGGAACCAGAUGUUCUGCUUACAGAGGAAGAGUUCAGAAGAAGAAGGCCUCAUCCCAGUUUCAAAAACAGCAACAGUCUGGAGAAACUUGUGCUAAAGUUGGGUAGAGGGAAAAAGUCCAAAUUCACCUGCUAUGUUGUAGCUGGUGGUCUUCAGUAUGGAAAGGGGGAGAACCUCUUUCACUACUUUUUCAAGGUGUCUUGGUUGAUGCAGUUUCCAAAAGUUCCUGUAUUUGGACAGGGCACAAAUCACAUCCCCAUGAUUCACGUAUAUGACCUUGCAGGAGUGAUCCAAAACAUCAUUGAACUCAGGCCAAAGUCAAAGUACAUCCUCGCUGUUGAUGAUUCCAAGAACACUUUGGAGGAAAUUGUAAAGAUGAUAAGUGAUACGCUUGGGCCAGGAAAAAUUAACGAAGUACCAGAGCAGGAAGCCAUCGCCAUGAUGGCUUUUAAGCCAGAGGAGCUGGAGUACCUAAGUAUCAACCUCCGUCUGGAUGCUUUCAUUAUAAAAGACUCAUUCAGCCUCCGAUGGACGUCUAAAUCUGGGAUGGUAGAGAACAUGGAGAGUAUUGUGGAGGAAUACAAAGACACCAGGCAGCUACUUCCCAUUAGAAUCUGCCUGGUUGGACCACCAUCUGUGGGUAAAACCACUGUUUCAGAGAAGCUCUGCAGCCGUUACCAGAUACACCACAUCAAGAUCAAAGAGGUCAUUGAGGAAAAGAUUACACAACUGAAGGAGAUAGUGAAUGGAGAUGACCCUGAAUAUGUUGGUGAAGAAGUAGCAGCUGCUGCACACACACAACUGGACAAUAUUAACAAAAGCAUGGAAAUGAAUGCAGGUCGACUGGCUGACCAUCUAGUUUUUGACAUUUUGCAAGAAAAGCUGAAUUCAAAGCCAUGUAGGAACCAAGGAUUCGUUCUUGAUGGUUUCCCUAAGACCUAUGAGCAGGCAAGGCUGAUUUUCUUGGAUGAGGACACAGAGAACCAGGGUUUGGUGGUUAAAAUACCUGUGUACAACAAGAAGAUCACUCCAGAGCAUGUUAUUGCCUUAGAAGCAGCUGAUGAUUUCCUGACAAAACGAGUACAAGGGCUCCCAGAAAGUAUAGCAGAGAAAAUGUAUUACACCCAGGACGAAUUUCUCCCUCGCCUGAUGAGAUACAGACAACUCAGCACUGCUGAGGAAACCCUGCUGGACUUCUUUGAUGAGCUUGAGAUUCACCCAGAACAUAUCGAGGUCACUACAGGUGAUCCAGAGUACACAGACGUUGUGAAGAAAAUCACUGAGAUGGUUGGGAUUCCCAAAAACUAUGGCCUGAGUCCAGAGGAGCAGGAGGAGGAGGACAGGAAGAAAGAAGAAGGGAGGAAGCAGAAACUGGCAGCAGAGGCUGCUGAGAAGAAAUGCAGGAAUGAGGCGGCACUGGCUGAGAUGGCUGCUCUGUAUGAGGAGUGGCAGAAGAAUUUGACUGAGGUGAAGAGACAGGAGCACGAGCUGCUGGAAGCUCGCUCUCUUCCUCUGAGGAACUACCUGAUGAAGUAUGUGAUGCCCUCGCUCAAUGAGGCCAUGUUAGAGUGCUGCAAGAUCAAACCAGAGGACCCCGUCGACUUCCUGGCUGAACGCCUUCUACGGAGCAACCAGCAAGAUUAAAAAUCUAUUUCAUGAGGAGAUUGUGCAACACAUGUUUUUAUUUCCUACACCUGAGGCUGUGUUUAUUCUACCUGACAGAUUCUACAUCAACACGUCCAUAUUUGGUUGUGCCUUUGUUGUCAUAUACAGGUUUGCCUGAGGCAGAGAGGGCACACAUUUUAUCUGACACUGAAAAAAUCAUUUAAGUUCUUUCCUUACAAAACAACAACUAAAUGCUAACAUUGUUCUGCAGUGAGUCUUUUCAGAUAUUUACAUGCUUCAGCACUAGCAUGUAAAUAAUGAAAACAAAAAAUUUGAUUCAAGAUUCAAGAUAUGAUUCUUGCAAAUGAUGGUAAGACGCAAGCUUAAAUUAGAAAGUAAGACUUCAUUGUAGAUGCAUUUAAACUGAAAUUCAAAAUCUCAAGGUUUCAGUUCAGCCAUCUUUUUUAAAGUCUGCUAAUUCCACACUAGGUGGUGCAGGAAUUCUUUCUAGAAGCUUGACAGAGGAAUAAGAGAGACAAGCGCUUGGACUGAAGUGUGUAAGUGACUGUUUAAGUAUUUGUAUUUUUCUCAUUUUCACCCAAAGACAAGAGAGUGCUUAUAAUAUUAAAUGCAACGAAAUGUAUCUGCAAAAUAAAUUAGUCUUCCUGUGGAGAAGGUCUUUGUUCUAAUGUGGCUGUAAAAUGUGCCAUAAAAGAAGAAUGUGUUGCUCCGGUUUGUUGUGGAUCAUGAAAGUCAAAACUGGUGUCCGCAGUUUGCUU